AUGGGCUACAUAGACUGUGAAUACAACGCAAUAGGAAGAGAUAAAGCUGGCGUCAUAGUGACCAACGAAGGAUCAAAGAUACUGGCAGUUCUGAACGGGCCAUUUGAGCCAACGGGCAGUAUAAUCAAUGUGCAUGAGGGGACUGUUCGGGUCACCAUCGCAGGAGCUGGUGCGCGCAGAACAGAAUAUGCAGCACACCAGGAGAGCAUAGAAAAAACACUGUCAGAGAUAAUUUAUUUGCGGGAUUAUCCAAGAAGCAUAUUGGACAUCAGGGUGUUUGUAAUGCUGAGUGCAGAUAACGUAUUUACAGCAAUCCUCAACUCGAUAUCAAUGCUCCUUAUGAAUGCUGGCAUCCAAAUGAAGGGAGUUUUGUUAUCGGUCUACAUGGACAAGUGCAGAAGCACUGCAGGGUACGUCUACUCAAAUAAAAAAUACCAGAAGCUGCUGCAAAUAGGGACAAAUGAAGAAGAAAGCUCUGCUAACUUGCUAGAUGAUCUGCUAGAGCGAAUGCUGUUCUCAUUAAAGGAGGACUAUAAGAGGGAUUGGAUGCUUAUAUAG